AUGCCUACCAUCAAGGCGGGGCACAAGAAGGACCUGUGCAACGAUUCGCGCACGUUACGUCCCAGACUGCCGCCAAGCAGAACAAGGACAACUAUGGCCGAUGGUGGCCGCAGCACCGAGGUCGUACGCAUCUGCUUCAACGUCUCGUCGCCCGACUCCCUGGAGAACAUCCAGAAGUCGGGAUGGGCAGAGAAGCGGUCCCGCUGCUCCUGCGUGCAAAUCAUCAAGGAGGGGAACAAGAAGGACCUGCGCAACGCCCCGCACACGCUACGUUGCAGACAGCCGCCAAGCAGAGCAGAAACGACGACUGUGACCGGUUGCAGUCGCAUCACCGAGGUAAUCCUAAUCUGCUUCAACGUCACGUCGCCCUACACUCUGGGGAACAUCCCGGUGUCGGGAUGGGCAGAGAAGCGGUCCCAGUGCUUUGGCGUGCCAACCAUCAAGGCAGGAAACAAGAAGAACCUGCGAAACGGCCCGCGCACGCUACGUCGCUGA